UGUAAAGUUCUGUCGCCAAGCUGCCUAGUUCGACGGUGGCUUGUGUUCGCUCUUGUUUUGACGUUUUGGUGCUGUAGCAAACGAGGGCGCCCCCUUGACGAUUUGGAGAUUGUCGGCCGGUCAAAUUAUGAUUGGGUAAAACCUAUGUGUUUUGGCAGGGGGAGUAAGCAAGGGAUGCCAGCAAAACUUUCAACGGCGACACGUUUUCAUGUGGUGCAGUUACUUGGGGGCUGUACGUUGUAG